AUGCCGAAGAGGGGUGGAUUUGGUGGGGCAUCGGCAGUCAUCGGCCGUCACAUUCCACAUGAACUCUGGACUUUGUAUGGCCUGAGAUUGACAAAAAGCAAUGCGAGGUCAUCCUGCUUCCACACCGCUGAUCCAAGGUCGGAAACCAUCGGAAAACCGCGAGAAGCGCAAGGGAGUCGAAGUAUGGAACUCGGCCAACAAGCGAGGAAACAAGCUUUAAUUUGCUCAGAUCGACUUCGUCCAACCGUAUAUUGGAAGGGACGGGAUAUUACAACCGCCUGCGAGAACCAAUCUCGUCAAUUGAGACUCUUCAUCAUGAGGGAAUCAUCCCCUCCUAGCUUCUCGGAGGCCAUGUCAGACUCCCAGAGUGUCGAUACCAAGAGCAAAUGGACGCCGAAAUCACUCAUUCGACAUGCUGAGCGCUCCCAUAGUCGCAUACCGGGAGUUCGCAAGAUCCCUUUUCCUGCUCUUGCUAUCAUAUUAUUCAUUGCAUUUAUCAAUGUAGCGGUAUGGAUUGCGGUUGCUGUUGUUCUGGCUAUCGAUUUGAUGACGCGUAGGCUGCUGGCCACGGGCCAGAAGCCCGUAACCGUGGGAACAUUCUUCUCCCUUGGUCACUCAACCAUUGUCAUCGUCACAUCUAUCGUUGUGGCUGCCACUGCAGCCGCCGUGUCAUCCCGCUUUGACAGCUUCAGUACUGUCGGCGGUAUCAUUGGCACAUCUGUCAGUGCCGCUUUUCUCAUCUUGUUAGGUCUCAUGAACUUCUACAUCCUGUAUAAGCUGUACAAGCAGAUGCAGAAAAUUUUAGACCUCCCAGAGGGCCAAGAAGAUGAAGCCUGGAAGAUUGAAGGAGGCGGAGUCCUGUUCAAUGUACUCAAACGGAUGUUCAAAUUGAUUGACCGUCCUUGGAAGAUGUACCCGCUUGGUGUUCUCUUUGGUCUUGGAUUUGAUACAUCUUCGGAGAUAGCGCUACUUGGGAUAUCCUCUGUUGAAGCUGCGCGAGGCACAGACUUCUGGGUUAUUCUGAUCUUCCCGAUCCUCUUCACAGCUGGAAUGUGCCUCCUCGACACCACCGAUGGAGCCCUCAUGCUCUCGCUAUAUGUUCAGCCCGCUGCUAAUUUCCUCCCACCAAAAGAAGAUAGCUCUACCGCCGAGACGCCACUUAUCGGCGAGGAUCACGAAAUUCAGCCCUCCCAGAACCACCGCGACCCUAUCGCGUUCCUGUACUACUCUAUCGUGCUGACCUGCUUGACUGUCGUCGUCGCUAUCGUGAUCGGUGUCAUUCAGCUUCUCACCCUGGUGCUCAACGUCGCCGAGCCCACUGGUAAAUUCUGGGAUGGCGUGCAAACAGCCGGAGACUACUACGAUGCUAUUGGUGGUGGUAUCUGCGGAUUGUUUAUCAUCAUCGGUGGUCUAAGUGUUGUCGUAUAUAAGCCAUGGAGGAGAUGGGUUGCCAGAAGACACGGAAAGACCAUUGUGACAGACGAGGAGGGAAACCGGGACAAUGUCGCGGCACCAAGAACCGAGACUCCUAUCCUGGGAGAAGAACGGGGUGGUGCGUCCGGUCCUAGCUACGGUGCUGUCAGUAAGAAGCCUGCGUCUCAGGUUGCGGUGGAGCCGGUGGAUGGACCUGCUUGA